AUGGACAGCCCCGGCGCCUCUUCCACCGGCGUGCCCAUCUCCUACCUUGAAGCCUAUCCCUACCCAUCAUGCGUAAUCGUCAUCCCCCAAGACCGAAACAAGCGGCCUCAGCUAAAGAGCCGCGAUACGGAUGUCACCGUCCGCGAGUUUGACGGCGUCUCCCCGUUAUCAAUGCCACCCCGGCCCCGCAGAACUUAUCCGGCAACCUACUGGGCGAACGAGAAAUGGUUGACCAUCAUGCAGGGGAAGGAGGUGUCUGACCGCGUGGACGAGGAGCAGGCGGAUGGGCUGUACAGCUGGGCGGAAAGGGAAAAUGUGCCAACUCCUGGCCAUCCGGGCGGAGAGUCUGUCUUUCUGCUUCGUCUCCCCGGAACGGGUCGCCUCUCCCUCGCCAAAACAAUCCUUCCUUUAUCCCCUCCCAGCAGUACGCAUGCUUUCUGCGUCAUCACGUCACAACAGAGCGAAGCGGACGCACUCGGGCUGGGCCAGCGGCGGGAAUCCGACAACACGGUCAGCCCCGGCCCCCGGUCAUCUGCGUCCUCGGACCAUACAACUACUUCCUACUUUGACACACAUCGUCCCUCGGAUGCCACCAUCAGAAGCUCGCUCUCGUCGGACGCCGGGCCCUCCGCCUCGGAGCGCACCGGUCCUUCCCCCACCCUCGGGGCCAACGGCCAGAAAGGCAAGACAGCCUCGCAGGUGACCAAAGCCUACUCGGGCAACUCCUCGAGCUCGACGAAUAGCUCGGAGAAGAGGAGGAAUCAGCGUCGCGGAAAUCGAUGGGAGGCGCCAUCGUCCGGUCUGAGAACGGUCAAAACCGAGACGGAAGAAUGUUGGGCGAUGGUCAACAGUAUUGACUGGUCAAAGACGUGUAUGGGACCAAGAGCGAAUUGGGCAGACGUGAUCGACCCAAUCUUGUCGCUCAUAUUUGAGUCGAGGUCGCAGGACUGCCUUUGGCUUGGCGAGGAUCUACACAUGCUUUACAACACCAACUACAUUGACCUCCUACCGGAACCCGGACAUCCCUACUCUUUCGGAAAGAAGGGUUCAGAGGUCUGGUCGGUCCUCAUGGACCUCCUCCAGCCGGUCUUUGAAGGCGGGUUCCGAGGUGAAUCAACCUACCGGGAGAACGAUCUCAUCAUGUAUGAUCACCUCCCCAACGGCGAACUUUGCGAGCGGUACUUUUCCUGGCGGUACAACCCCGUCAAGGGCAGCGACGGAACAAUCAUCGCCCUUUAUAAUCAGGCGACCGAAGUCACGGAUGCGGUCAUUGCGGAGCGGCGGCUCGGGACGGUCCGAGAUCUCUCGGAACAUCUGCUCGUGGCCCGUAGCACUCGGGAAUACUACGAUUCCCUCCGCUACGUCUUCGAGUACAAUCAAAAAGAGGCGCCUUUCAUGCUAGCGUACAGCGUCAAGGUCAAAAGCGAGACGGUCGUCAAUGUCGUCACGGAGCUCAGGCUGGAAACCUCGCUCGGCGUUCCCACAGGUCACCCAUCGGCCCCGCCGGCCCUACAGGUCAUCCUCGCCGCGCGGAAUCGGGCCAACUUUGGCGUCAAUGCGGACAAAUUGUCGUCCCCGACGCUUUCGGCGAUAUCGGUGCUUUCCAGCGGUAGUGGCAAUAUGAACCACGUCUCCGAGGUGGCUAGCUGGCCUAUUGGCAAAGCGCUGCAAAGCCGUCAGCCGGUCAUCGUCGACGACUGCCGCGACCUCAUCCGAGGGUAUGUCAGUCGAGCGUGGGACAUGCUGCCCAUGUCGGCUAUUGUCGUGCCCAUCUGCAGCGACUCGUCGACAGACGUUCCGGACGCGGUCAUCAUCCUCGGACUGAAUGUCCGGCGUCCCUACGACGCCGACUAUGACGGCUGGAUCCACGUCGUACGGUCGCAACUUACCAACUCGCUCACCGCGGUCAAAGCGGCCGAGGCGGAGACGGAACGUCGGGCGGAGAGUGACCGGAUGGAACGGGCCAAGGCGGCCUGGUUCCGCGGUGCAGCGCACGACCUCCGGAGUCCGCUCACGCUCGUCGCUGGUCCGCUCGAUGACGUCCUCGGAUCGACCCUCACGCACACUCAACGUUCCUCCCUUGGCACAGCCAAGCGCAACGUUGACCGUCUCCUUCGGCUCGUCAAUACCCUCAUGGACUUUUCCAGGGUCGAGGCGGGUCGUAUGGAGGGGCAAUUCGUGCCGCUCGAUCUUGGCGUAUUCGUCAGCGAGCUCGCGGUGAUCUUCCGUCCCGCAGUGGAGCGGCUCAAGAUCGAGUACCACAUCUCCAUCGAGGCCAGCCCUCACCUGGUCUACGUUGAUCCCUCCCUUUUGGAGACGGUCAUCUCCAACCUCAUCGGAAACGCCAUUAAAUACACAGAGUCGGGGUCCAUUACGGUCCGCCUGACCUACGGCGAGAUGGCGGAGAUCAGCGUGAUCGAUACGGGUACCGGUAUUCCUCGGGGUGAGGUCCACGCGGUCACGGAGUGGUAUCAUCGGGCGACCACGGCUAUCCACUCUGGUACGCAGGGCUCCGGGCUGGGCUUGGCGCUCGCUCGAGAAUUCCUCCAUCUGCACGGAGGGGAGCUCACGGUCACCUCCAAAUUCGGUCCCGAGUGCAACGGCGAGCACGGCUCGGUCUUUACCGCUCAGCUUCCCCUCACCGAGAAGGCCUCCUCAGCCGCAUUCUCGGGGAACAAAAUCGGGACGUACGGCAUGCAAGUCGCCCAUGAGGCUAUGCGAUGGGUCAAGCCUACCGAUUCAGACACGGAUACGGCGUCGAAUCACAGCGAUACGGCGUCCGAUACCUACACCAAUGGUACUUCUCGGUCACCCGAAGGCAGCGGUCUUCUCUUUGAAAAGACCGAUACCAUCCUCCUCGUCGAGGAUAGCCUGGACAUGCGCAACUACAUCAAACAGAUCUUCUCUCCCUACUGCACCGUCAUUGAGGCGAAAAAUGGGGAAGAGGGUCUGAAACUCGCUAUUCAACAUCAACCCAACGUCAUCCUCUCGGACUACAUGAUGCCAAAAAUGACGGGGAUGGAAAUGCUGAGGGCAAUCCGGCAGGAGGAGUCGCUCAGAUACACUCCGUUCGUCCUGACCUCGGCGGUGGCGGGCGAGGAAAUCAAGGUGGACGCCUUGCUGGCGGGGGCGGAGGACUACAUUCCCAAGCCGUUCAAGCCGAAGGAGUUACUGGCGCGAGUGCACCUCCAGCUUCAACUUGGCAAGAAGCGGGUCAAGCUGGAGAUGGCGUAUGAGCAGCGGCAAGGGGAAAUCUCCGUCCUCAGCGACUAUUGUCCGACGGGUAUCAUGCGGGGCGACAUCGAAGGGCAUAUUACCUACGCCAACAAUUCAUGGCGGGAGAUGGCGGGUAUGCCCCCCGGCGCCGAUCCCGAUACCUGGACUGAUUACACCGAAGCGUCGGUCGUGGAAUAUCUUUGGCCGCUUUGGACGGAAUGGCUGCGGGGCGACGAGAAGGAGUUGACGGCUGGAUGGAGAUGGCUUUCCGGGCGAAAGGUGUCGGCGAGAUUUGUCAGGUUGGACCGGGCCGUUCCCGGGAUGGCGCCUGGGGUGCUGGGUUGCAUCACGGAUGUGACGCAUGAGGAGGAGCGGUUGGCGGAGGCGGAGAAGCGGAGAAUAGAGGCCGAGGAGAGCAAGCAUCAGCAGGAGUUGCUCAUCGACUUGACCAGUCACGAAAUCCGCACGCCCGUCUCGGCCAUCCUCCAAUGCUCGUCCCUGGUCAAGGAGAAUCUCGUCUCGCUCUUCGACUCGCUUAAACUGGCGUCGUCGAUGCAGUCGGGGUUCAAGCCGACGCACGAGUUACUGGCGGAUAUUGAGGAGGACAUCGAGGCGUUAGAAAGCAUCUAUCAGUGCGGUCUUGUCCAGGAACGCAUCGCCGGCGAUAUCCUGUCUCUCGCUCGCAUCCAACUCGACAUGCUGUCCCUGCAUGAUAUCGGGAUGGACGUCCGCACCGAGGCUCGCAAGGUCCUCUCCGUAUUUGCCUCCGAGGCAAAGAUGAAGAAGAUCGAGUUGGCGUUGGAGUUUGGCGAGACGUUUGACGUUGCCAAAGUAUGGGGGAUCAAGACGGACCCUGUCCGUCUCGGCCAGGUCGUCACCAAUCUCAUCUCGAACGCUAUACGCUUCACCGCCGCGAGCGACGUCCGCAAAAUUACCGUCCGGUACGAGGUAUCCUUUGCGCCACCUGCGGAGGAGACAUGCGCUUUGCCUGGGUCGAUUGCUCUGCCGAGCCAGCUACCCGCACCAGAGGACACGGACAUCUGGCUAUUUGUCAGUGUGAGGGAUACCGGACCCGGCUUGGGGCCAAAGGAAUUGGCACUUUUGUUCAAGCGGUUCUCUCAGGGCAACAAGAUGAUACACACUCGAUACGGUGGAUCUGGUCUGGGUCUCUUUAUCUGCAGAAAAAUCACCGAGCUCCUAGGCGGCCGUAUCGAAGUCCAAUCUCAGCUUGGCGACGGUUCGGUAUUCCGAUUCUUCAUCAAGACCAGCACGGUCGCUCCGCCCGUCCGGCCAGCCCUUUCAGUCGGCGCUCUCGCUGCUCACAACGCGCAAGGCUCGAACAAUGACAUCACGGAGACCGUUGGCAGCAGCAUGAGCAUGACAUCGACGAGCACGGUACCCAAGGCGACGGGCUCGCCACCUCCCGAGGGGACCGAGCACAUGCACAUCCUGAUCGUUGAGGACAACAUUAUCAACCAAACGGUGUUGAAGCGGCAGAUCAUCAAGGCGGGCUUGACGUGUGAUGUCGCCAACAAUGGUCUCGAAGCGCUCAACCUCGUCCGAGAGACGGAUCGGUCGAUCAAGCGAGGAGGGCCAAAGAUGAGGAAGCGAUAUGACUGCGUAUUGAUGGAUCUGGAAAUGCCCGUCAUGGACGGUCUGACGGCCAUUCGCGAAAUUCGAAAGGCAGAAAAGGCGGGGACACUUGCGAGGAACAUGGUCAUUGCCUUGACGGGUAAUGCUCGUCAGGGUCAAAUUGAUCAGGCCCUGGAGGCUGGGAUGGACGACGUCGUGAUCAAGCCCUAUGUCCUGGGCAACUUGUUGAAGAAGAUCAAGGCCAUCACCAUCAAGAGAUUAGAGAUAGAAGUGGGUGCUGCAUUUGAGGACAAAUGA